GAGUAACGGGGGAAAGCAGGGGGGAUGCAGCUGGGCAGAGCGGAGAAGGCGGCACUCCUGCAGGAGUUGAGCUCCAGGGUGUCACCGUUGAGCCAGCCCCGGCAGGAGCCCGGGGAGACGGCGAGCCACAGCCCGCCGCGGCGGGGGACAGCCACACGCGGCUCCUCUGGGACUCAGCUGCAAGUCCGAAGUAAUCCUAAUUCCAGUUCUGAUCACCUUCAGAAUCUCAGCUCUGUACCAUGCACUCAGCAAACAGGAAGAAAGUUAACCAACGGCUCAUCAUCAGUUGGGAAAGUCACAGCCCAAAAGCCUCAAGUACCUCCUAAGCCUAUCCACCUUCAAAACUUGCGUCAAGAAGAAACCUUCCAGCGAAUUCCUCCAGCUCCAUCAAGGCCUCUACCUGCCGAUCCAAAGCUAAGCAAGAACCCCCAAACAAAUACCGAGAGUAAGGAAACAUCAACUCUGCCCUGUGUCUCCUCGCUUAUUGAGAAAUUUGAAAGUGUUAGGCAACUGAGUCCAGAAAUCAAUAAAAGGAACCAGCUGAUAUUGUCCCUUAAAAUGGAACCGACUCAGGACUCCUCUGAAUGUGCAGCAUCUGACAGUGAAUUGGAGCCAGCAAGCACAGCUGACAUUACAGUAGAAGAAAUUGAUUCCAAUGGAACUGAAGUCGGCAUGAAAGUGGUGGAAUGUUCUAAUGAGGAAGUGACUGCAAUGAAAGAAUUGGCCGAAGGUGGUGUUGAAAAUGAUGAUUGUGCCGGUAUAAGGACUCAGGAGGCAAGAGCUGUAGCUGAGAUGGGACAAUCGAUGUUGGAACAAAAUGGGAAUGUUAAAAUACCAAAUCGAGACAGUGGGAUUGAUAGCCCUUCAUGUAAUGGGGACAGUGAAGUUUUUCCCAAUGAAGAAGCAAUGGAAGAGAAAAAAAAUGUCAGUUCUGUGGAGAAUGAACAUUAUAUGGAAAUAAAACCUGGUGAAGUUCCUGAAAUACAACAAAAAAUUGAUUCCACCCAGGAAGAUGAUGAUAGUGAUAUGGAUGAUGGCAGCAGUGAAGAAAAUGAGCCAACAGAAGUGCCAAAGAGCGAGCAAUUAGAAACCGCCAAGUGCACAGAGCCACAGAAAUUAUUCAACAUUGCAAAUGAGCUUCUUCUCACAGAGGAAGCCUACGUGAAAAGGCUUCAUCUUCUGGAUCAGGUGUUUUGCACUAAACUGAAUGAAGCCGGUAUUCCACAAGAGGUGAUUACUGGAAUCUUCUCAAACAUUUCCUCAAUCUAUUGCUUUCAUGACAAGUUUCUUCUGCCAGGAUUAAAAACCAGAAUUACAGAAGAAUGGGAUAAAAACCCUCGGAUAGGUGAUAUUCUCCAGAAGUUGGCUCCUUUCUUAAAGAUGUAUGGGGAAUAUGUAAAGAACUUUGACCGUGCAAUGGAUCUGGUGAAUUCCUGGAUGCAACGAUCAUCUCAGUUUAAAUCUAUCAUUCAGGACAUUCAAAAACAAGAUGUGUGUGGAAACCUGACAUUGCAGCACCACAUGCUUGAGCCAGUGCAACGCAUUCCCCGUUACGAGCUCCUCCUGAAGGAUUACCUGAAGAAACUGCCUGAAGACUCCUUGGAUAGGAAAGAUGCAGAAAAAUCUUUGGAGCUCAUUUCAACUGCAGCUAACCAUUCCAAUGUGGCAAUUAGGAAAAUGGAAAAAAUGAAUAAGCUACUGGAAGUUUAUGAGAGGCUUGGUGGUGAAGCAGAUAUCGUCAAUCCAGCUAAUGAACUCAUUAAAGAGGGCCACAUUCAAAAGCUGUCAGCUAAGAAUGGUUCAGCUCAAGACCGAUACCUGUUUCUGUUCAACAAUAUGGUUCUUUACUGUGUGCCAAAGCUUCGACUGAUGGGACAGAAAUUCAGUGUCAGAGAAAGGAUUGACAUUGCUGGAAUGCAGGUCCAAGAAGUUGUGAAAACGAAUGUAACACAUACGUUUACAAUCAUCGGAAAGCAGCGGUCUCUGGAACUUCAGGCCAGGACUGAGGAAGAAAGCAAAGAUUGGUUUCAGGUUAUCAAUGCUACAAUUGAAAAGCACAAGCAAAACAGUGAGACCUUCAAUAAGGCUUUCAAUAGUUCUUUUUCAAGGGAUGAUGAAAAUCCUCCAGAUUCCCCUGUAUCAGGUGCAACUUGUGCUGAAUCUAAUCCAGGAGGUGACUGCUCCAGCCCAACUAUGGUGGAUGCAAACUUCAAAAGAGCUUCAAAAACAAAACGUGACAAGGAAAAGCAAUCCUGCAAAAGCUGUAGUGAAACAUUUAAUUCGAUUACUAAACGCCGUCAUCACUGUAAACAAUGCAAUGCAAUUAUCUGUGGUAAAUGUUCAGAAUUCAAGCCACUUGCAGACAAUAGCCGGCACAACCGUGUGUGUAAGGAAUGCUUUGCUGUGCCAUCUGCGACACUUUCUCCAAACCCGGCACCUGAGAAUGUAACAGAUCAGAAGAAAAAAGUAACCAUGGAGAGACCGAGCUCCCUGACAAGUGACAAUAGUCUUUUCUGUAGCAACUUGAGUUUCAUGGAAAAGGGAAAACCCUGGCACAAGGCAUGGGUAGCUAUCCCCAGAAGCGAUCCCAUGGUAUUAUAUUUGUACAUUGGCAAUCAGGAUGGAAAACAUGCGCGCACCAUUCCACUGCCAGGCUAUGAAAUUGAACAGCCAAAUCCUGCUGAUAUGAUUGAUAAGAGGCAUGCUUUCAAGCUCAGGCAAUCCCAGCAGAUCUUUUAUUUUAGUGCAGAUGAUGAAGAAAUUCAGAAAAAAUGGAUUGACAUCAUCUCAAAAGCUGCCAAGGGUGAAGUUGAAGAAGAUUCAAGCAACUUAGUAGAAUAAAAAAACUGGCAGCAAAGUUAGCAGCAGAUGAAACCAAGAUUGUAUUUGGCAACUUUCUGUGGUGUGACCUCUAAAUGCUGUACGUUAAGUAAGCAAUGAGGGCACUUUCAUUUGAAAUUGAUACUUAAGAGUUCAGAUCAAUCUACAUACAUCUGUAUCAGAUUUCAAUGUUAUUAGUGUUUUUGGUCUUUGACAUCUAUGACAAUUAUGCUACUGAAAAGCCUAAACACAUCCUGGAAAAUGUAGUAAUUUACAAAUUAAUUACUUUAUUGAUGCCAUUCCAGUCCAGUGCAGUACGGUUUCUGUGUAAAUGUGCUUGAACACCAGUACUUGCCGUGCCCCCUGUGCAAGAUGUAUAGUAAUUCAUUAGUUAAAUGUAUGUUAAAUUAAAAUGUGAAUGCCUGUGGCUGGCCACUCAUGGUCUAUCAACUGUUUGUACUCAAUUCUUUAAAUACAGUGCUCUGUCCCUUUUGGCAUUUGGUGAUGUAAUUAUUUUUUCUUAGGUAAAAAUGCUAAGUGGUUUAUUUCUCAUGUUCCGUACUGUUAACAAAAUAUCCAAGAAAAUGCUGUACAACUUGCAAAUUUGUUUCAUAUAUCUCCUAUACUGAAGGAACUUUAACCUAUAAUCUGUAUGUCUGUUUCACUUAUUUAUGUGAUGUGCUUUUAAAUAAACGUUCUGGAUUUUCACCA